GUCUCUCACAGCCGUGCCCGGGCUCCUCGUGCCACCCUGAGCAGCAGCCGUGGAUGGGACCGAGCGCAACCCAUGCUUGGGGGCCGGGGGCUCAGGGCUCGGGACCCCCGUCUCCAGCUGCACACAGUGCUAUGGGGCAGUGGGGUGAUGCUGCAUGGGGCAGUGGGAGGGGGCGGCGGGCUCAGAUCUCGGCUCUGCCACGUGGUUGAACCAAACCCUCCCAGUUCAGCCCCAUAGCCGUGGAGCGGGGAGAUCUGUGGUGACACUGCCCACCGUGGGGCACCCCACAGAGGGGGGCGCCACGGUGGGAAGCUCCGCUGUGGGGCGGUUUGGGGCGGGAUGCUCCGCAAUGGGGUGUUGUGUGGGGGGACAGCGCAGGGCGGGACGCUCCAUGGGGGGACCUUCCUUCAUGGGAUGCUCCCUUUAGGGAUGCUCCGUGUCAGGAUGUUCCAUCAAGGGACGUUCCACGUUGGGAUGCUCCGUGGUGGGAUGUUUUGUCAUGGGAUGCUCCACACUGGGAUGCUCCAUCAUGGGAUGCUCCUUUAGGGUUGCUCCAUGUUGGGAUGUUCCGAGGUGAGGUAUUCUAUCAUGGGAUGCUCCAUGUUGGGAUGCUCCAUCAUGGGAAGCUCCCUUUAGGGUUGCUCCAUAUUGGGAUGCUCCAUGGUGGGGUGUUCCUUCAUGGGAUGUUCUAUCAUGGGAUGCUCCAUGUUGGGACGCUCCAUCAUGGGAUGCUCCCUUUAGGGAUGCUUCACAUUGGGGUGUUCCAUCAUGGGAUGCUCCCUUUGGGGUUGCUCCAUGUCAGGAUGUUCCAUCAAGGGACGUUCCACGUUGGGACGCUCCAUCAUGGGAAGCUCCCUUUGGUGUUGCUCCAUAUUGGGAUGCUCCAUGGUGGGGUGUUCCUUCAUGGGAUGUUCUGUCAUGGGAUGCUCCAUGUUGGGAUGCUCCAUGUUGGGAUGCUCCAUGUUGGGACAUUCCAUCAUGGGAUGCUCCCUUUGGGGUUGCUCCAUGUUGGGAUGUUCAAUCAAGGGAUGUUCCACGUUGGGAUGCUCCAUCAUGGGAUGCUCCCUUUGGGGUUGCUCCACAUUGGGACAUUCCAUUAUGGGAUGCUCCCGUUGGGGAUGCCCCAUGGUGGGAUGCUCCACGUUGGGAUGCUCCACGUUGGGACGCUCCAUCAUGGGAAGCUCCCUUUGGUGUUGCUCAAUAUUGGGAUGCUCCAUGGUGGGGUGUUCCUUCAUGGGAUGUUCUGUCAUGGGAUGCUCCAUGUUGGGAUGCUCCAUGUUGGGACACUCCAUCAUGGGAUGCUCCCUUUGGGGUUGCUCCAUGUUGGGAUGUUCCAUCAAGGGACGUUCCACGUUGGGAUGCUCCAUGGUGGGAUGUUCUGUCAUGGGAUGCUCCACGUUGGGACACUCCAUCAUGGGAUGCUUCCUUUGGGGUUGCUCCAUAUUGGGAUGUUCAAUCAAGGGAUGUUCCACGUUGGGAUGCUCCAUGUUGGGAUGCUCCAUCAUGGGAUGCUUCCUUUGGGGUUGCUCCUUUUCAGGAUGUUCCAUCAAGGGACGUUCCACGUUGGGAUGCUCCAUCAUGGGAUGCUUCCUUUGGGGUUGCUCCACCUUGGGACGCUCCAUCAUGGGAUGCUCCCUUUGGUGUUGCUCCACAUUGGGACGCUCCAUGGUGGGAUGUUCCAUCAUGAGAUGCUCCACGUUGGGACACUCCAUCAUGGGAUGCUCCCUUUGGGGUUGCUCCACCUUGGGAUGUUUCAUCAUGGGAUGCUCCAUCAAGGGAUGCUCCCUUUGUUGUUGCUCCAUGUCGGGAUGUUCCAUCAAGGGACGUUCCACCUUGGGAUGCUCCACAGCAGGCUGCCCCAUGGCACAGCUCUGCAUGGUGGGACGCCCCAUCCGGCCCGGCCCCCCUCUCGCCGCCCACACUCGCUCCAGAUGUGCAUUUCCAGAUGUGCAGCCACCCCCCACAGCUGGCAGGGCCGGCUCCAUGCAGGGCCGAGUCGGGACGCCCAGCUGGGGAUGCACCCCACCCCCAGGCACAGCUCCCCAAUGGGGCACGCAGCACUUUGCCCCCCCCUCCAUCAGCCCCACCAGCAGCCGGAGCCCCCCGGACGCAGCUGCAGCUCUUCUAGCGUCAUUAUUGCUACAAUUACUAUUAAUAAUAAUAAUAUUUUUAGUGACAGGUGAGGGCGGGGGGCUCCGUUGGGCCCUAUGGGAGCCCCCCAUCCUGGCGCUACUCCCCCCCCCGUUCCCCCCCCCAGCUGUGGGAUGAUCCAGCACUUCCAGGUGGGCGAUGCCACAUCCAUUAAGGGGGAGCAAUCACAUUUUGUAAAUAAAGGAAAUGAAAAAGAACCUCCCCCCCCGCCUCCCCCCAUGCAGGGCACCCCCUCACCACGUGGGUCAGCCCCCUCCCCAGCUCCUGCCCUGCCCAGGAUGGGGGUCCGGGCUGAGGGACCACCGGCGCCCAUCAGGACAGCGGUGUCCCCAUAUGGGGUCUGCAUCCCCUGCACGAUGGGGGCGCUGGGGGG